AACUGUAUAUUUAGAUGAAUUAUCACAAUGAAUAAGCCAUUAUGGUAUAUAUAAAUCAGACAAAUAAUUAGCAACACUUAUCAUGGAAGUUGGCUAGCAAAAAAAAAAAACUAUUUUAACAAAAAUUAAAUAUUAUGUUUGACAUUUUUACUUUUCAAUUGGAUGUAUUCAGACACUAUGCAAGACACAUCGCCUUCAAAGCAUCUUCAAGUUGCAAUUCCUGAUUAUGCUGGUAUUAUAACAUCACCUCGAUCAGAUAGUACAUCAUUAUCAUCUAAAAUGAAAAAAAUAUUAUCAUCACCAAAAGUAAAAAGAGGACAGUCACAGGCUUCACCUAAUAAAACAUUUGGUGUUCCAUUGGAAUUUUUGCACGAUCGAGACAAAACAAAUGUACCCAUUAUUGUAACACGUAUUUGUGAAUAUUUAAAAAACAAUGGACUGCAACUGGAAGGACUCUUCCGUGUCAAUGGUAAUAUGAAAGUUGUUGACAGACUGAAAACAGCCUUUGACAAAUGUGGUGAUGCAGAUCUUGAAGAAAUAGGAGAUGUCGCAGCUGCUGCUAGCUUACUUAAAAUGUUUUUAAGAGAACUUUCUGAGCCUGUAAUCCCUGAAGACUUGCAACCAUUGUUCAUUAGCGUACAGGACAAAUAUUGCAAAGAUAAACUCAAAGCUGUUCCUCUUUUCAAAGAAUUAAUCAACCGUAUGCCUAUGUUGAAUUCCUGUCUGCUCAAAUACCUAUGUGAAUUCAUGUUAUGUAUUGCUAGUGUGUCAGAUGUAAACAAAAUGACACCACUAGCACUGGCAAUUGUCUUUGGACCAAAUUUGUUUCGUUGUGGUGAUGGCUUGAAUGGAUUAAGAGAUCAAGCUUAUGUGAAUGCAGUACUGUUGCUAAUGCUGCAAGAAUUUUAUGAAUUAUUCCUGAAAGACAAUGAAAAUGUUGCAGAUACUAUGACAAGGACACCACCAAGUAAACCUGCACCCUAUAUCGAACAUAUGAGAAUGAAAAAAGAGAAAGAAAGUUCUGCGGAAAAGCCUGCACGUCCUCCUCCACCAAAGAUCAGCUUGGAUGAAGAAUUAAGCACAGAUGUAAGUCCAAAAAGAAGUCCUAAAAAAAGCAACACAAAGAAAAGUCCAAGACAUAAAAGUCCAGGCCAUAGUCCAAGACAUGAAAUCAAGAAAACGCCUACAUCAAGAAAAACUCCAUCAAAGAAAGAACCAACACGUAGUACUUCACCAGUGCACAUGCCACCGUCACCAAUGAGUAAACAAUUUGUAGACAACACAAUCAACACAACAGUUCAAGAACAUUUAUUUGGUCCCGGACUAGUAACUUCUUCCAUUGAAUCCGACUGCCAAGAUGAGAUGGUUGCAGCUAAAGCCGAUGUGUCACAUGUAUAUCCAUCAGUGAAAGACAGGGUAAAGAAAUACAAUGUAAAUGAAAAUGAACAUGAUUCGCCAUCCAAAAGAAUGAAACCAUUUGAUUCUGUCAAGGACAAGGCUAAGCCAUACAGUCGCAGUCUCUCCUCUCCUGUUGAAACUAAGGAAAAUAUUACUGAUGAAGAUUUGGAUUUUAUAGAAGAAUCAUCCUCCCGUACACUAGAUGGGUUAACUUCUUCACGAAUUCGACCAAACAAUCGUCGUAAGCCAUCUCCUAGAAAUUACUCUUUUACAUCUGCUGUUGGAACUUUUAUGGACAAGGAUGAAAACAUUCUUACAUCAGACCAAACAAGUGGUUAUAAAGACAGUACGUUUAACGAACAAGAAAAAACAAAACAUCAUAGUGAAUGGUCAGGUGGUCAAAAACAAUUAAAAUCACACCGUUCAUUAAUAUCACCAUUAAUGAAAUCAAAUUCUGUUCCAGCGCCUGUUUCUUUUGAUGAAUAUCGCCAGGAAACUUUGAAGAAAUCAAAUUCCGCUGAACAGAUUGAUGUUAUGAGUUCUAUCCCUCCAUUGGACUUCAGUCGUAUAAAUGAUGAAGAAGCACAUGUUUCUCCAAGAGAGAGAUAUGACAUGGCUUUCAGUGAAUAUCCAAUGAGAUCACCACAAAAUUCAGCACCGUCUUCUCCAAGACCAAUGGAAAAGAGGCACGAGAUGUGGAUGGAAAAAAGACAAGAUACAGUACCUAUUGUCGAAAUGUCCCCUCAAGACCUUCGAAAGCGCAUCAGCUCAUUAAAGAAAAUUAUCUCAAAUUUUGAAAGCGAUUUUGAAAAGACCAAUGGACGUAAACCCAAACCAUCAGAAAAAAAUCAUAUUCAAAAAUAUAUUGCAGAACUUGGGCGAGCGAAGAAACAACUUAAAGAAUUGAUAUCAGAUUACAAAGAAAAGCCUGAACUUUUAUCAGAAACUGCUCCAAUUGGGCCAGACUUAGGCACUGCUCCAAAUUUACGAGAAUGUCUAAGUCAAGACGAACCGAGUAAAGAACAAACGUUGGAAAGUUUGUUGAAGAAGCUUGAAGAUAAAAGACAUUCAUCUGGACGACCACAUGAAAUGCAGGCUAUGACGUUAGAACAACUGAAGGACGAAAAACUUUCUGUACAGAAAGCUUUGCUACAGUACGAAAAUUCGCAUGGAAGACCGAAUUCCAAGGAAGAUAAAACGUUAAUGCGACCUUUAUAUGAUCGAUACCGUAAGAUUAAACGUCGAAUUGCUACAGGAAAGAUAGAAUCUCCAUCGAAGCAAAGCGAUACAGGAACUAUAUUUCCAGAAGUAUCAAGCACACCAAAAAGAAUACUUGAUACAUUUGAAAACAACGAUGAAGACGAAAACCUGGAAAGAAAUCUCAGAAAUAUUCGUAUACCGUUAGUAGCUAUGUCACCAAUUAACGCUAAAGACAGCAAUGAUAGAGAAGACGAGCUGGGCGAUACGUUUUCCGUCACACGUCGAUUUCACGACACACCUGAACCACUAUCGCCGACAGAAGAUUCGCCUCGAUCGAUUGAUGAAGCAGUUCUACACGAUGCUACGAUAGGUGAAUUACUUGAACAACAACGAGCUACCAAACGUGUAAAGAAAAGACUUGGUAAACUAUUAAAAGACUACGAAGAUGAUUUUUAUAGUAGAUGGAACAGAAAAAUGCAGAAAGAAGACCGGUUGCCGAAAGAAGCUGAGUAUCGCGAAUAUAAGCUCGUGAAAGCAAAGUUACGCCUCGUUGAUGCAUUGAUAGCAAAGAAAAGUGCAAACAACACUGUGUAAAUCGCUUCUGUCGCAACUUGUCUACCAUUUUAAAUAAAGAAUGUGGUGUUUAGAACACCGAAAUAAACAAAUCAUAGAUGUUUUUAACUGUAAAUGAAACGCAAAUAUAUCAAUAGACCCGCCAAUGACGUUAGACCUACAGAAAGACGAAAUGAAUGAUAGAAAAUUUAUAUUUUUAAGUUGUUUGUUUGCAUUGCCGUUUUAAAAAAAAAUUUCUGUUGCUAAAUUAUAAAGGAUGACACUUUUUUUCGCUGACUGUAAAAUUGGAACGACGCUAUUUUUUGGUUGGAACUUAUAUAAUUUUUUUUUCAACCAAUAAAAUCAAAGAGAAUUAAUGUAAUCCGUUGCGUUGAGGUGGAUUAAGUUUCACUUACUUACUCACACGUGUUGCCAGGAUAAAAUUUCGUUUCUAUCAAUUUCCAAGUGUAAUGGGUGCUCCAUCGGAUAAAGCUGGGUUAUAAAAAUAGUGUAAAUUGUUUUUUCAACUUCUUUUUUUAGCUUACUUUGUUUAAUUUUUUAAUUGCAAAAGAUUUAUGGAAAUCAAUAUUGCUCUCUAUUACAUAAGAAGAUGGCUGGUUUGUGAAAUUUUUAAAAAUUUUUAUCGUUUAUUUUAAUGUUUUUUUUUAAAUUAGUUUUUAAGAAGUAUGACCCUAUCUUGUAGUUGUCCAACCUUUUUUCUCAAGCCAAAUUUAGGCGGCAUUGUUUUUGCGUUUACUGAUUUGAAGAAUUUUGGUCGCAUUCACGAUAAUUAUUACCGGCGAUAUUUUCUUCAAAAUGUCAUCAGUGAAAAAAACACACGUUGAAUGUAUUUUAAAUUUCUGAUCUGCGAAAAAAACUCGAGACAGUACGAAAUAAAAUUGAGUUAAAUUCUCACUCUUAGCUAAUAAUUGCAUCCAUACUUUAAAAACAUCUUCAUUCACCAUACUUCACAAGAACUGAUACCCGCAAAUUCUCGAAAACAAGUGGUCGCAAAUUCUUUUCGCCUGUUGCGGCUUUAGACAUUCAUCAGUCAUUGUAACAAUCUUUUAUUUAACAUUUCCUUUAAAUUCAUUCCUUAAAUUCAUUAAUCAUCUGCUAAAUUUGUUGUUCCCCUUCCCUGUGUUAUAGAUAGCCAGACUCUUUUUAUAUAUGCGAUAUAUAGACUGGAAAUACGGUUUCUAUUUAAGUGUAUAAAGUUGAAAUUGUACAUAUAUUGUAUGAUAACCCUAGUUCAUAUAUAUAUCUGUUUAACUUAAAUAUAUAUAUGUUCAGUUUA